UUUCUGGUUUGAUUCCGGAGGGUCAGGUUUUCGUAAAUCAUGUAUUUUUCUUUGAAACACCAGUGAUAUAUACAUAUAUUUACAUUUCUAAUCAAAUAAUUUAUUUUUGUUGUUGUUUUUAAUUGCAUAAGGUUUUCUUCUCCUUCUCAACCGCCUCUCUUAGACGUCACAGUUACCCGACACGCGGCGGUAAACAGUGUGGCGUCAUAUCUAUGAGACGCUCUGCUGUCACUGAAUGGGGAGAUGAAGGUGAUAGAAAAAGCAGUGAAAUCGGAGUUUUGACGAUUUGUUUUUCUCCGGUCUGACACGCGGACCGUUUAGACAGAAGUGAACCUGGUACGGGCCACCUAACGCUGACGUCACACAGGGUCACCAUGUUGAGUGUGGGCGGGUCGUUGAGGUCUGGUGUCCUGCAGAUUCCUGUCCGAGGAAUCUGUUCUUCUGUAUUCAACAGGAAGUCACUUCCAUCUGCUCACACCUGUCUUGCACCUCGGUCUGUUGAACUCCCUGCAGUCUGCUGUCACAUGUUACAUGUCAGGAUGCUGUCACAUCUGGGGACACUGUCAGGUGUGAGGACGCUGUCCCAUCUGGGGACACUGUCGAGUAUUGGGACACCAUCAGAUCUUGGGAUAAUCUGGGGGGUCAGGAGGCUCUCAGGAGGAGGUGGCGGUGGUGGUGGUGAUGCAGGAGCAGCCGGCUGGUAUGGCAGCCUGUUGGACUCAGCUCCGGUUCACCUGUGUGAACACUACCUUGUGAACAUGCAGCAGGUGAGCGGGCUGCCAUGGUGGCUGAGCAUUGUCAUGUCAACACUCUUGGUCAGGACGGUCGUUACUCUGCCUCUCGCCGCCUACCAGUUGGUCAUCAUCACAAAGGUGGAGGCACUGCAGGCGGAGAUCUCAGAGCUGGCAAAGAGGCUUCGAUAUGAAGUUUCAGUCCGGGCGAGAGAAAGAGGCUGGACAGAGAAACAGAGCCGGUUCCAAUUUCAAAAGAAUCUGCGUCGGAUUAUUUCUGAACUUUACAUCAGAGACAACUGUCACCCCUUUAAAGCCAGUGUGCUGGUCUGGGUUCAGCUGCCCCUGUGGAUCAGCUUGUCUCUGGCCCUCCGAAACAUGAGUCUGGACAUGUCCGCGCAGCAGUCUGAUCUGGCAGCAGGUGGUGCUCUGUGGUUCCCUGACCUCACCGUACCCGACUCCACCUGGAUCCUACCUGUGUGUCUUGGCCUCACCAACCUGAUCAUCGUAGAGGUGUUUUCUCUUCAGAGACUCAACCCUUCUCGUUUCCAGAGGUUUUUGACGAACUCCAUAAGGGUCUUCUCAGUGCUGAUGGUUCCCAUCGCUGCUACAGUCCCCUCUUCUAUGACUCUGUACUGGUUUACCUCCAGUCUGGUGGGAUUCAGCCACAACCUCCUCCUCCGUUCUCCUACGAUCCACAAAAUCCUCAAACUCAGAAGUCAGCGAUCAGACUCUCCGUACAGAGACCUGCUGUCUGCAUUCAUCACUAAAUACUGCAAGUAAAUACACGGAGUACUGCAAGUGUAAAUCAAAUACUUCCCUGAUGUUUUUCUGUCACAACGGCUGCUAUGGUCUGCAGGUUUCUCUGAACAGAUUCAAACAGAUAAGGUCUGACUUAUCAACAUGUUCAUAAACUCCCUCUGUUAUUAAUGUGAGUUCAUUAAAGAAUCUGUCAUUUAUAAUCAGGAGAAAUGUUUGCAGACACGUUUUGUAUUGAUCCAGCGACUGAUUGAUUCAUCCGUCUGUUGUAAAAACGAGGCAUCUGCUGUAUCCUAACUGAACAUUAAACUGUUAAAGUGUGAUGAUAUUUAGUUCUGUGUAUGAGCAGUUUCAUUCAAAGCGAGCUAAACAUAGUUGGAACAAUAACAGGAAGAAUAAAUGUGACCCCUGACUCUGGAAUAUUUCCUGUUUCUGAGUUUCCCACGGACCAGCUGACGUUCAGCCGCAAACUGGAAGAUGUUUUAACAACACGUCUGAAAUGUCUGAUGGCUGAUGUUGCAAAGCAGAGCAGAGCAGUACUGGUCUGUACUGGUCUUAAUGGUUUUAUAUGUUGUUUAUAUGAACAAACAGGAUUGGUUUGUGUAGUUAGAUACAGCUGAUAAUCAGUCAUUGAUCUUUGUUAAUGUUUUUCUCUGUAGAUCAGUGGCUGGUGUUUAAAUUGUGUCAGUGAAAACUCAGGUCAGACUGAACUGUAUGGAAGCUCGUUGCUGUCAUGAGAGUAAAAAAAAAAAAAAAAUCUAGAAAUGAAGAAAGUUUAAAUUCUAAAACUUUGAAAAAUACAACUUUUAACCAUUUGGCACUUUGUAAUCUUCGAAGCAGGAGUCUCAUUUUUCCAGCUGGUCACAACAUUACUUAAACACAUCUGUUUGAAGUUUGACAUUUUCGAAUCCGGAGCGGGUCAUCCUCCAAGCAGAAGCUGUGCCUGCAUGUUGAAGUGUUUUUUGGAAAGAUACCGAACCCCAAAUUUCUCCUGAUAGCUGAACAUAGAUAUGGAGCUGUGUCUGUCCUGAUGGGCAGGUCAGCUCCAUGCAUGACUCCCUCUGCCAUCAGACUGUCAACAUGUGUGAGAAUGCAUGAAAGUGCAAAAGUGUUGUAAAGCACUUUGAGUUGUUGGUAGACUAAACAAGUGAUACAUUUAAGUCACUUUACCAUAGUUGAUUUGUUCUCUACAUGCUAAUUUUGUUGUGUUAAAAGUGUAAAAAUCUGUUUUCUUCUUAACUGAAUGCUCUUUUCUUUUAUACAAAAUUAUUUUCUACUGAAAUAAUUAAAAUCCCUAACGAAACUUCGGGGACUCACUUUGCCCUUUCA